CCGCGCCCGAGCCGAGCCAGAGCGCUGCGGGCUCACAAAGCGGCCGGACGCGCGGAGGCGGCAGGUGCGCAGGGGAACCAGCGGGCAGCAGCCUUCCCAGCCACCGCUGCACAGGAGCCCCAGCAACUCGGUCACCGGGACUCGAGCGGGCCCCCAAGAUGCCAGCGAUCGCGGUGCUCGUAGCGGCCGCCGCGGCGUGGUGCUUCCUCCAAGUGGACAGCCGGCACCUGGACGCGCUCGCAGGCGGCGCGGCCCUCAACAACGCCAAUUUCCUAGACAAUGACCAGUGGCUGAGCACCGUCUCCCAGUAUGACCGUGAUAAGUACUGGAACCGUUUCCGAGACGAUGACUAUUUCAGAAACUGGAAUCCCAACAAGCCCUUCGACCAAGCCCUGGACCCAUCCAAGGACCCUUGCCUGAAGGUUAAAUGCAGCCCUCACAAAGUGUGUGUGACCCAGGACUACCAGACAGCCCUGUGUGUCAGUCGCAAGCACCUGCUGCCCAGGCAAAAGAAGGGGAAUGUGGCUCACAAACACUGGGUUGGACCUUCAAAUUUGGUUAAGUGCAAGCCCUGCCCCGUGGCACAGUCAGCGAUGGUCUGCGGAUCUGAUGGCCACACAUACACGUCCAAGUGCAAGUUGGAAUUCCAUGCUUGUUCUACAGGCAAGAGCCUCAGCUCCCUCUGCGAUGGGCCCUGUCCGUGUCUGCCUGAGCCCGAGCCACCGAAACCCAAGGCAGAAAAGAGUGCCUGCACAGAUAAGGAGCUGAGGAACCUUGCUUCCCGGCUGAAGGACUGGUUCGGGGCUCUUCAUGAGGAUGCCAACAGAGUCAUCAAGCCUACCAGCUCUGAUACAGCCCAAGGCAGGUUUGACACCAGCAUCCUGCCCAUUUGCAAGGACUCCCUGGGCUGGAUGUUCAACAAGUUGGACAUGAACUAUGACCUCUUGCUGGACCACUCGGAAAUCAACGCCAUCUACCUAGACAAGUAUGAGCCCUGCAUCAAGCCUCUCUUCAACUCCUGUGACUCCUUCAAGGACGGCAAACUCUCUAACAAUGAGUGGUGCUACUGCUUCCAGAAGCCAGGAGGUCUCCCUUGCCAGAAUGAAAUGAACAGAAUUCAGAAGCUGAGCAAGGGGAAAAGCCUGUUGGGGGCAUUCAUACCUCGGUGUAACGAGGAGGGCUACUACAAAGCCACGCAGUGUCAUGGCAGCACGGGGCAGUGCUGGUGUGUGGAUAAAUACGGGAACGAGCUUGCUGGCUCCAGGAAACAGGGCACUGUGAGCUGCGAAGAGGAGCAGGAAACCUCGGGAGACUUUGGCAGCGGUGGCUCCGUGGUCCUGCUGGAUGAUCUGGAAGAUGAGCGGGAGCUGGCACCAAAUGACCAAGAGGGGAAGCUGAGGGUGCAUACCCGGGCUGUGAGGGAAGAUGAUGAGGACGAAGACGAUGACAAAGAAGAUGAGGUUGGGUACAUAUGGUAGUGCCCACGAGGAAGAGGACACACUUUUGGCACAGAUUUGCAAGUCGCUUCCUUUGCCUGCAUUUGUAUCUAAGACUCUGAGGCCAGCAGGUCUCUUCUCCGCUGUCGCUCUCUGUACCAGGGCUAAGGUUUGGAAGACCCCUUCCCAGAGCGUUCUGAAUUUGCAAACAGUUGUGUGGGAGAAAGGAUGCUGUUUUUGUUUCUUGUUUUUGUUUUCAUCGGAUGAGAGAAUGGCUGGCUUAAGAAAAGCCUCCUUCCCUCCUGUAAGGUUUUUGCAACUAGCAUGUGAUUUAUGUGGAAUCCAACAGUGCGGGGAGCCCCACCCUCUCAAAUGUCAACGACCCUCUCUGAUCACCCACACCGGUGGUUAUUACAGCAUGGUUCCCAGCCUUAUGGUGUCUAAGUGCUUUUCUUGUGUCCUGUAGAUGUUGUGGAAAACACGCCACGCUGUUCCUUUUCCUCCUGUUCCCACCACCUCUGGUGUUUAUUAAAAUUUAAUUUUCAUGUCACUGUAUCUGGCUUCCUACAAUGACAGCCUUAAUUCAGUCAAAGUCCCUUUGGAGAAUUCAUUCCCUUUUUAAAAUUAAGAUCUCAAUGCUCCCCCUUGCACAUCCACAAAUGGGUGUCUGUGCUGACAUGACUUGCACACACACCUCUCAGCUGAGUGUCUGAUUGUACACCAUACACUGAAAACACUUUAGAAAACUAUGGCUUUUAGUCAACAUCUCCAGAUGCAGAACACAAACUGGUAGAUGAAUUUCUUCUUGGAGUCCUGUUUGCACUGACACUUGGCAUGUGUAGCCUACAGCCUGUGGAGGCUCCUCCACGCAGUCACAGAGUGACUGGAAGCCUUUUUGAUUUGAAUAAACCUCUGUUUGCCUAAAUUGGUCCCCUCCCCAACAGAAGCCAUGCAACUCCCCCUUGGGCAGCUCCACAAGCCAUUUCUUCAUUUUAGCUCAAAGCUCCCCUGAGGAUGCAGCAUUUCUGCCUGUGGCAGCUUCCUUCUCUACCCGCAAGGGCUCUUUCUAAGGCAUUCCUACCAAGCUCCUGCUCGCCAAGAAGACAGCAUCAUGAUAAUAGUCCAUAGGGAAAAAGUUAGGAUUCUUCAUGUUUUCUUUUCCCCCCUUUCUAUCCACAAAUUAUGACCAGGGUAUAAAGGCUCUAAGAGUUCCUCUUUCUCACCUAUCGUUUAAUAGAAAGCCCCAGUGGAGGCCUAGGAAGAGAUUCAUCAUAGCACAAGAAGCUAGUCAGGGGGUCAGCAGCCUCCCCUCCGACACUCGUCAAUACAUGGGAGACACCACGGAAGCAGUUUUAUCAUCAUCUGUUCCCUAAGCUCAUUGUUGGCAUCUAGUUUCAGUAAUGACAUCGUCUCUAUAUUCUUCCAGAUUUCUUUCACACAAGUACCAAAGAGUGGACCUCAGUGCAGCCCCAUUCAGGUCAGGGCCUGUUUGCCAAGCUCUGCCUACUUGCUUCCUGCCUAGCCAGUUGCCCUAACCAGCCAUGACUUGUUAGGGACCAUUCCUACUUUGCCCUAACUGGCCACAGCCUGCCAGCAUUAUCUCUUUGUUGCCCUUGCCUUCCCCAGUGAGUUUUAGCCAGUCCACAAGACAGAUCUAUUAACUCAGGCAAAAAGUGAGUUUGAACAAAUCAGUCUCCCACCCUAAAUUGGUCUUCUGUAUGUAGUAAUCCUCCUUUAAUUAGUAUUUCCCUCCUUGCACAGGAUGGACAAGGUUACAUUGGCCCAAGUAUUCUUCUCAUGUGGGAAAUGAACACAUGGUGCCGUUUGCCCCCUUGGCCUGGUAGACACAAGGACGCUGAGAUUCUGUGUGCUUCCUCUCUGUGGAGGCGCAGACUUGCUCAGUUUGGGGAUCUCAACAACAUCUUCCCCAGUCCCAAAGUUUGUUUUUGUUUUUUCCCACUCUCAAAAUUGAUCAUAAUUUAGAUCAUAAUUUAGAAAACAGGUGCUCAAUUGCAGCUAAAUUGUGAUAGAAUACAUUAAAAAGACAUAUUAGAAAUCUCAGUUGAGGCCAUCAACAUAAGCCAUUGUUAUUAUUUCCUUUGAGCUUGGAAAAAAUGCACAAGAGAACAAAUUAACAAUCAGCAAAUUGAUUUCUCUUUGAGAAACUUCUAGGAACCCAAUGAACCACUUAUUUUGUCUAAUUAUCUUCUGACAAGUGUCACAUUAAGAUGGCACUUGGAGCUCCUUAACAUUAUCUUGAUGGUGGAGAAGAGUGCUCAAUGGGCAAUUCCCAGGAAGGUAAUGAGAUGUCGUUUUCUGAGACAUUCCAAGAAGAUACUUUGAUUCAUUAAAAUAUUAAAUCAAAAGCCCUUGGAGGUCUGGAGCCCACAUCAAGAAAGCAGCACCAGUACCACUUCUCACACCCCACCUUGGGUUUUAAAGACAGUUCUUUAUAAUAGUACUUAAAAUUAGACUUUGUGUCGCCUUCUCCUGAGAUGGAGAACUUCCAUUGCCCUGUUUGGAAGGAACCUUUAAUUACAAUAAUUUAAUCCCAAUAAUUCUAAGCACCACAUGAUUCUUUUAAAGCAUAUCUACUGUGAUGACUAUCCCCUUGUUUAAGCAGGUACUGAGUUGAAUCCUUACUGACUUAUUCUUACAAAUCCUUCAGUUGAUACUGUUACUCUAAUUCUACAGUUAUUUAAUACCAUUACUGAGGCAUCCAAUUUAAACCUCAGAAUUCUCUUCCACCAUGGUUCACUGUCUGCCAUAUUAAUGUGUUUAGUUUCUACAGAUAUUCUCAGCAUGGGGAUGCCUUCAUAUAGCUUUCUCUUAGUUUCUCCUUGAUGCCUACAUACUGGAAAUGAUGAUUUGUCUGUCCAGGUCUGCCCUCUGCUCUUCCCACAAUGCCAUUGGCGUCCGGUUUGCUUUUUUUUUUUUUUUUUGCCUUGACCACACUGUACAGUAACAUCCAAGAGCCCUUUCUACAAUGGGUGGUUUUGGUCUUUUUACACCUUUUCUCAGUCACUGAUGUUUGUCCCUGUUCAAUGUGUAGCCUUGUAACAAAAGCCCAUCAUAUCCAGAGUGUCCGUUUGUUGUCCCUAUUGUAGGUGAAAUAGUGAUGUAGAAAAUCUAGUACUCUGAAUGCUUUUCCAUGUAGACUUUUCUGGAAUGUGAACACAACUCUUUGGUUAAUAGCAAACGCUUACCUGUAGUCCUGAGUAGGCACAGUUCUGUCUGUCUCAAUAAAUUUUACUUUGUCUGCAA